UACUCAGUGUCAUGAAGAGGGCAUGAUGGAUGACGACCUUGUAAUAAAUCCUCGGCGGGGUGUUGUUAUUGUCCCGCCCUAGCAAAUUCCAAGGCUGGAAUAAAAAGCAUCCAGAAGCUCACUGGCAGCCGUGACCCCCUGUCAUCUGCGCCCCUGACGGGAUUGGGCAGACCCAAAAACAGCUCUGUCACUCCAGAUGCCAAGCGCGUAGCCCAGCUCGAUGGGCAGGGAUCUGAAUAAACACCCUGUCUUUCGCAUGAUGGUCUCCCCUCCGAGCAGUAAGUCUGGCUCCAUAUCGUACCCAUCCUUCCCGUCCUUAUUAUUUUUAUUUUGGUGUAUGUUUAAUGAUCAUGACCUUGCUCCCUCUUCCAUUUAACCUCCAAAUCCCCCUCGUGCCCGGUGAUGCUCGACAAUAGAUAACAGCGAAACUAUUACUCCAACCUUUGCGCCCAACCCUAGAGAUCGGAUGCUUCGGCCUUGCGACAACACCACCACCCCAUCCUCGCUGGCGCAAGAAUAACGAGAUCGCGAAAUUAAUAUGUGGCGGAGAACGUAUCUCUUUCUGGUUCUCGUCCGGCUCUGGUUUGCCCUAUCACCAAGCUAUCUCCAUCCGGACGAGAACUUCCAAGGCCCCGAGGUUAUCGCUGGGCAAAUCUUCAAAUACCCAGUCCGACACACCUGGGAGUUUACGAGCGAGAACCCGAUCCGAAGCGUCUUCCCAUUAUGGCCGGUCUACGGGUUACCAAUGCUUCUUUUGAGGUGGUUAUGGAUCGGAAACGGUAACGACGGCGAGAUACCACCCAUCGCUGUCUUUUGGACCCUGCGGGUCUUGAUGUUUGUGGUGGGGUUCGUUUUGGAGGAUUGGGCAAUCUACGAGUUGAUCCGGUCGCCCCGGCAUAGACGACUUGCUGUUCUCUUGGUUGCGUCAUCGUACGUGACAUGGACAUACCAGACCCAUACCUUUUCGAAUUCCAUCGAGUCGUUGGUUGUCGCAUGGUGCUUAGUGCUCAUCGAGCGCAUUGUUGGGAGCCCACAGGAGAGCACCGUUCUAGCCUCGACGGUCCUUGGAGUUGUUGCCGUUUUUGGCGUGUUUAAUCGUAUUACCUUUCCAGCGUUUUUAUUGAUACCCGGGCUUCGGCUGUUGCCCUACUACUUCAAGAACCCUCUUUCUUUCCUCGCGAUCGUCACCGCCGGACUCUUCACCACCGGCCUAGCCAUCGCUCUCGAUACCGCAUUCUACACCCCACACUCGAUCACCUGGUCCGAUCUCAUCCACAACCCGGUGCUCACCCCUCUCAACAACCUCAUCUACAACCUCGACCCCGAGAAUCUAGCCAAACAUGGCCUUCACCCCUGGUACCAGCACAUCCUGGUCAACCUCCCCCAGCUCCUCGGCCCAGGAGCCCUCCUCCUCUUCACCCGGCCCCAGCUCUCCCUUCGCCUAUAUUCCGCCAUUUCUGGAAUCGUGGUGUUGUCCAUCUCCCAACACCAAGAAGCCCGCUUCCUCCUCCCCACGGUCCCCCUAAUCCUCUCCUCGGUCCGCCUCCCCAAAAGCGAGAAACUCACCCGCAUCUGGACCGUAUCAUGGAUCAUCUUCAACUUCAUCCUUGGCGCCCUAAUGGGAACCUACCACCAAGGCGGAGUAAUCCCCGCCCAGGUAUUUUUAUCAAAACAACCCGACGCCACCCAGGCUGUAUGGUGGAAAACCUAUUCCCCCCCCAUCUGGCUCUUGAAUGGAAAAAACGAAGUUCUAACGACAAAAGAUGUGAUGGGGCUGGCAGGGGAUAAGUUGUUGGCGCAACUAACAGAGUUGGCUACGUGCGAUCUGCCGGCGGACAGGAGGAGUAACGAGUACUUAAAAGAGAAGAAGGGGACGUACCUGGUCGCGCCGCUGAGCGCGACUUGGCUGGAUGGGUAUUUGGAGAAUAAGGGGCAUGAUGGGUUGAGGUUUAGGGAGGUGUGGAGGUAUAAGAGGCAUUUGAAUAUGGACGAUUUGGAUUUUGGGGAGGAUGGGGUUUGGAAUACGCUGGAACGUGUGGUGGGGAGGAGGGGGUUGGGGAUUUGGAGGGUUACGAGGACUUGUCCGGAACGGAGGGGGAGUUGGCGUUAA